ACAAGAUUAAAGCAGUACAAGAACUACGAGAACCUCUCGCGCUCUCGCGAAGAGCUCGACAAGGAGUGUUUGCAAGUAGAGAAGGGAAAGACAUUUUACGACUUCCAUUUCAACACAAGGCUUGUCAAAUCUACAAUCGUGCAUUUUCAGGUAGAGGCUUUUGUCUCUCUGCUCUCGUUUUCUUUUGUUUUUCAUUCUAAAUCCACCAAAAAGAAAAAGAAAAAAUAAAAAGCAGCUGCCCAUUUAGUUAGAAGUCUCAUGCGUCUUAUUUUGAUGUUUAAAAUUUAAAUUUCUUGGGUCUGAAAAUUUACUUUUAGCAGAGUUCUGAGUUCUUGCCCUUUUUUCCCCUAUUUUUAGUAUUAUUGCUCGUUUUCUCUUCUCUUCUCUUUCUUCUUUCAGUCCUACUUGCGUCAUUUUUGUGGUCUACACUUUUGAUGCAUAAGACAAUUCAUAAUCGUUGUGUACAAGUUCCUCAUAUCAUAGAUCUUCGCCUCUCAAUGAGCUAUUGAAUUGCUUCCUAUGAGAAAUUGUAUAAGCACUUCACAUUGAUUGAUCAAUUGAUAUAUUGUCAACAAGAAGUUUAGUACACGAUCCAUUUCAAAUAUUUUAUCUUGUAAAAAUUGCAGUUUACUGCUACUUUUAAGGAGUCAGAAUCCUGAUGUUUCAUGUUAGUCUAUCUCUCCUAUUCUAUGAACUUCCAUGAUGCACAUAUCAUUAGCUUAUAGUUUUGCAGGUCUCGUCAUUUUGUUAUUGUCCGCAUAAGGAUAUUUUAUAUGUGAUUAUAACUCUCGCAUAUAACUCUGUGCCUGAACUUAUGGGAGGUAUGAUGUUUGAUAUUGAUCCCUUUCAUAUGUUAAAUUAUCUGGAUGCAUUUAACUUGUGAACAACUGGCUUAAGUUGUCCUGAUUAAAUUAUAUUUACUCUCCAGUGAGGCCAUUAUACCCUUCUGGCCUGCAAGCUAGCGACUCAAAGUCAUUCUGGAUGUAAAAGCAUAGUUUCUGAAAACUGGCUUCAUUGAUCAAAAGUCUCUAAUUAUGGACAGAAUUUUGGCUUUUGGGCAUGGAAUGUUUUUUUUUUCUUAGAAAUUUUAUGGUGUUAGUUACCGACUUACUGGCAUCAAGUUGGAUUUGUAUUCACUAAUCCUUUUUUAUGCAGAUUUCCAAAGGAUGCAUACUUUCUAAGCACUGGUUAACAAUUUCUCAAAAUUUAUUAAAAUUUAAAUAUCAAUUUUACAGGGUAAAAUAAAUCAUCAUAGCAGAUAGUUUGAUGGGAUGAUCUGGUUUGAACUUGUAAAUAUUGAUGCAUCACACCCAUGAAGAAACAUGGCACUUCUGAUAUGGUUAAUCCUGGUUAGGUAACUCGUGAAUUUGAGAGCAUUUGUGGAAGGACUGUGAAAACUGUAGAUGCACAUUGCACAUGUAUUGGAGACAACAGAUGCACUGAAAAACAUAAAAGCACCUGCUGAUCAAUUGUUUCUAUAGAGAAUCGUUUUAGUUUCAGCAUCCAAAACUCUCUUCAAAUGAUUUAUAGGGAUCAAGCUCAAAGAGCCAUGUUGGAGACUAAAAAAAGUAUAAAACAAUGAUGUCCAGCUUGCUUGCUUAAUAUUCUGUUACCUCACAUAUGAUUAACUGCUUGCAUGGAUUCACUGUGAUUUUACUCGUUUUGAUGUGUUCCCAUAUAGACUGGGAAUAUGAAGCUCUGAUAUGUAGACCAUCUAUUUUUUUUAUGCCUGUGAUAUCUUUUUGCCUAUAUAUUUUUCCCUAUGAUUGUGAAAUAUAUUAUUUUGGCUUUAACCCAUCUGUGGCAUUUAGGAUUGCUAUUGCUUUUUAUUUCAGCCUUAUAAGCAGGGUGGGCGUUAUAUCUGAGCAGCUGGCGCGAUUAUGGAUACGUUAUUUAUAUGCUGAGGAACCUGCUAUGGGCAACAUCAAAGCAUGAUGUGUACCUUAUGCAAAAUUACUCGGUAAUGCAUUGGUCAUCACUACUCCGCAGAGGCAAAGAAGUACUCAAUGUGGCUAAACCAAUUGUUCCUACCCUGGAACGUCCAGGAUUGUUGUCUCAGACACUCUCAAGAGUGCAAAUAAGCACUAUGGCUGUUAAAGAGAACUUCUUAGUUGCUGGUGGUUUUCAGGGAGAGCUUAUCUGCAAGCAUUUGAAUCAACCUGGAGUUGCAUUCUGUACAAAAAUAACAACAGAUGAGAAUGCCAUUACAAAUGCAGUUGAUGUAUACCAUAACCAAAGUGGCUCAAUAAGGAUUACAACUGCAAACAAUGAUGCUCUUGUUAGAGUUUAUGAUGCUGAAAGAUUUGCUUGCCUAAAUCGUUUCACCUUUGAUUGGUCUGUAAAUAACACCUCUGUUAGCCCGGAUGGUAAAUUACUUGCAGUCCUUGGGGACAGUACAGAGUGCUUGCUCACUGAUGCCCAUUCUGGGAAGUUGGUUGGUAACCUGAAAGGUCAUUUGGACUAUUCUUUUGCAUCAGCUUGGCACCCUGAUGGACGAAUUUUGGCCACUGGCAAUCAAGAUACUACAUGUAGGCUGUGGGAUAUAAGGAAUCUAUCCAAGUCCUUGGCCGUGUUGAAAGGAAAUAUGGGUGCAAUAAGAGCACUGAGUUUCACUUCAGAUGGCCGGUUUUUGGCAAUGGCCGAGCCUGCAGACUUUGUUCAUGUGUUCGAUACAGAAUCAGGGUAUGUGAAGUGCCAGGAGAUAGACAUUUUUGGGGAGAUUGCUGGUAUAUCCUUCAGCCCUGAUGCAGUAGCUCUUUUUGUAGGGGUUGCUGACCGCACUUAUGGUAGCUUGUUAGAAUUUAACAGAAAGAACUACAACUGUUAUUUGGACUCUGUGUUCUAGUGCAAUCAUACAGAAAACCUAAUCUUAUGAAUGUGCAUAUUGUUUAAAGCUUCUUGUUUCAAAUUUUUGUUCAAAGCUUGAGCUUUUGCCCUGUUUCGGUUGCUGAAUUCUGUAUUAUGGAGCAGUCCCGGGUUUUUAGUUCACAAUUCAUAUUUUUUGGCUUUUAAGAAGCUAUUUCUGUGAAGGUGAUUUUUUGAAGCUGGCAGAAAUGAGUGAAAUUUUGGUUUUGUAAAGGACUUGGGCAAAUUGUCCUCUCUUUGAAAUAUUAGAUACUUGCGUACCA